UAGCAACCAUCCAAACGUUUACUUAUAAAACUGUCUCAGCGUUUGAAUUCUUAAUCGCUUUGAUGUCUUUUAAAUUCACUAAGUCAAAGUUUGCGUUCAGCAAGAACUGAAGCAGCAGACAGCCUUAAAAAAUAUUUUGCACCAUUGACAAAGAAAUCAUAUUCAUGUAUCAUGGAAAAUAGGAAGCUUUUAUGGGACAUUGCUGUUGAAGAAUCAAAUAAAUUAGAAAAAGAAUCUAGUGACAGUAAAGAUCCAGUUUUAUUACUUGUUGGAAGUAAGAAAGGGGGAAAAUCCACUAUAAUUUAUAAAUUUCUUGAUCGAGUAGAAACUCCUAAAACUGGACUGGCUUUGGAAUAUUUGUUUGGGCGUAGAAAUAAAGGCAUCGAGUCGGGCAAAGAAAUAUGUCAUAUUUAUGAGUUGGGUGGUGGUUCAAUCUUCAUGGAUCUUCUUGAAAUUGCUAUUUCACCUGAGAAUGUGAAAAAUCUUUCCAUUGCAAUAUUUUUUGAUUUAUCCAAAACUGAUGAACUUUGGUUCACCAUAGAAACAUUGUUAACCAAUAUAAAGAAGUACAUAAACCAAGCAUUGUCCAAAGAUCCUGUCCUCAAGAAAAGAUUAUUGGAAGAGUCAAGAAGCAGAAUUUCAAAAGAUCAUGAAGAUUAUGAUUCUAUUGAUAUUUUCCCUGUACCUCUUUUGAUGAUAGGAACUAAGUAUGACAUUUUCCAGAGUGAAGAUUUUGAAAAAAGGAAAAUGUUAUGCAAGUGUUUACGAUACGUUGCACAUUAUUAUGGAGCAAGUCUACAAUUUGUAUCAUCAAAAUCUGAGACUUUAAUUACUAAAACUAGAGCUUCAAUAAGUCACAUGGUUUUUGGUACAGCUUGCAGUAAAAAUACUGUUCUAGAUCAUAACAAGCCCCUCUACAUUUGUGCUGGUGCAGAUUCUUUUCAGUCUAUUGGUUCUUUAACAUCAUUAAAUGUUGGCAAUGAAUCUGUUCCAAAGUCUAUAGAAACUGUGAAAAAGAUUUUCUGUUCUCAUUUUCCACAAGUUGAGAGUCGAAAGAUAUUGCCAGAUGACCCAGCAACCGAUCCAAAUUUCAAAGAACCUGACAUUGAUAACAUGCUUGCUCAAAAAAGAAUGGAACUCCAUGAAUAUUUGAAAAAGAAAGGAGAUAAAAACUUUGACUGGAAAAGUUAAAGAAUCAAGUUUUCUUAGAAAGGAACUGACAUGUAAAUACAGAUUAAACUUAUUGAAAGUCCCUUCCCUGCUUGAGUUAUGUUAUUGUGCCACUAUUGUUAUUGAACUCUUAUUAGUUAGUAGUUUGCUGAUGAUUUAUUUUUAAAGCUACUAAACAAUAAUUUUAGGCAAAAGAUAUAUAAGUAAAACUUUAAAACCUGUUUAAAUUUUAUAUAUAUAGCAUUCAAACAUCCUAAGCUCUGUUUUAAUCAGUACUAAUCUACCUUCUACUCACACAAAAUCACUAAAACUUUGAAAGUCAAAUUCUGAUUUUGAAAUAAUUCCAUCUUGAAUUAUGGUUAACUUGAUAACAAUUGAUUCAA